GGGGUGGUGAAAGAAGUUUACUGACUUUAAGAUGGCGACUGAGGCACAGAGUGAAGGGGAGGUGCCAGCUGGCGAAUCUGGCCGGAGUGAUGCCAUCUGCAAUUUUGUUAUCUGCAAUGACUCUUCCCUUCGAAGUCAGCCCAUUAUCUUCAAUCCUGACUUUUUUGUGGAGAAACUCCGACAUGAGAAACCUGAGGUGUUCACCGAGCUGGUGGUCAGCAAUAUCACAAGGCUCAUCGACUUGCCUGGAACUGAGUUGGCUCAGCUGAUGGGAGAAGUGGACCUUAAGUUGCCUGGUGGGGCCGGCCCGGCAUCAGGAUUCUUCCGGUCUCUAAUGUCUCUCAAGCGAAAGGAAAAAGGAGUAAUAUUUGGAUCCCCACUGACAGAGGAAGGCAUUGCCCAUAUAUACCAACUGAUUGAAUAUCUACACAAAAACUUGAGAGUAGAGGGUUUGUUUAGAGUACCAGGGAAUAGUGUCCGACAGCAGAUUUUAAGGGAUGCUCUCAAUACUGGAACUGAUAUCGACUUGGAAUCAGGGGAGUUUCACUCAAAUGAUGUUGCUACCUUGCUGAAGAUGUUUCUAGGAGAGUUACCUGAGCCCCUGCUGACACAUAAACAUUUCCAUGCACACCUCAAAAUUGCUGAUUUGAUGCAGUUUGAUGAUAAAGGAAACAAGACCAAUGUACCAGAUAAAGAGCGGCAAAUUGAGGCUCUUCAGUUGCUCUUCCUCAUUCUCCCUCCACCCAAUCGUAACUUGCUGAAGUUAUUGCUUGAUCUCCUGUACCAGACAGCAAAGAAACAAGACAAGAAUAAGAUGUCUGCCUAUAACCUUGCCCUUAUGUUUGCGCCCCAUGUCUUGUGGCCAAAAAAUGUCACUGCAAAUGACCUUCAAGAGAAUAUCACAAAGUUAAACAAUGGGAUGACUUUUAUGAUUAAACACUCUCAGAAACUUUUUAAGGCUCCUGCUUAUAUUCGGGAAUGUGCCAGAUUGCACUAUUUGGGUUCCAGAACGCAAGCAUCAAAGGAUGAUCUUGAUCUGAUAGCUUCGUGUCAUACCAGCUCCUUCCAAGUGACAAGAUCUCAGAAAUGGAACCGGCAAGAUUCCUGCCUUCUUCAGGAGGAGACCCAGCAGCGUACGGGAGAGGCACUAAGAGAAUUGUUCCAACAUGUUCACAAUAUGCCAGAGUCGGCAAAGAAGAAACACCUUAUCAGACAGUUUAAUAAGCAUUCUGAGACCCAAACACCAGGACGAGAACCUUCUACCCUCCGGGUGCAGAAGAGGGCCCGUUCACGGUCCUUCAGUGGCCUUAUUAAGCGGAAGGUCCUGGGAAAUCAGAUGAUGUCAGAAAAGAAAAACAAGUACCCUACUCCAGAAUCUGUAGCCAUUGAUGAAUUGAAGAGAGCCAGCAAAGAAAAUAUGAAUUUAUUAUUUUCUGGCUCUCCAGCUGUCAUGAUGACACCAAGAAGACUGAAAUGGUCUGAGGGGAAGAAAGAGGGGAAAAAAGCCUAGGAUUCCUCUGAAGGAUCCAGAGGUUUCCUGUUGUCCACCCAGAAUUUUCUCUUUUGUGGACCAGGUGCCAUUACUGCUCACAGAGAAGCUUGGACUUGCAGCUUGCUUGCUGCAUGUUGAAUUGUGAAAGCCAACUAAUCCUGUGACUUGACUGACGCCUCUAACCCCACUCAGUGGAUGACAUCUACAGACUCUGCCUGCUGAACCAGUGCUAGAGAAUCUCUCUCUCUCUCUUUUAAAAAAAAUGUUAUGGGGAAACCACUAACCAGCCAAAUCAGCUUAGACAGCACAGUAAAUGAGUAGAACCAGGCAGACUCCUGUGCUCAUUCCAUGUAUUUGUUUAGGCAGAUUCUAUUUUUAAAACAUUUGAAAUCUGUGCUCAACUGCCAGUGAUUCUUUUAAAAAGUGCUGUCAAUCCUGGUGGAUUGAUGUUAUUUUUAACUGAUAGCUUGGGCUUUUCUCUAUUUUGGUAGUUUUGGGGGAUAUUUUGGUUAUUGUUUCUUGUUUAUUUGUUGUUUGUGUAUUUUAAAAGGUAAAAAAUCAAAAUGGACUCCAAACCAGAUGUCUUUCCUCUCUUUUUCACCUUAAGGUUUGGGAAAGCUCUUUAACUUAUGAGGCUUUACUCCUCAAUACCUAUCUGUGUCCAAAGAAUUUAUAGCUUUCCUGGAAAUUUUUUAUUAUUUCUUGGGCCUGAGAUUGUAGGUAUUUGGCCUGCAGUAUCAAAAAAGGAGAAUUCAGAAUGAUACAAUUUUUUUUUUUUUUUUGCGGUACACGGGCCUCUCACUGCUGUGGCCUCUCCUGUUGCGGAGCACAGGCUCCGGACGCACAGGCCCAGCGGCCAUGGCUCACGGGCCCAGCCGCUCCGCAGCAUGUGGGAUCCUCCUGGACCGGGGCACGAACCCAUGUCCCCUGCAUUGGCAGGUGGACUCUCAACCACUGUGCCACCAGGGAAGCCCAGAAUGAUACAAUAUUUAAACAAAUAAUAUUAAACUGUGGCCCUUCUUCCCUCCCUCCAUUCUCUCUCUUUUCCUCUCUUCCCCUUUCCUCAGUGAUGUCAAAAUAGUUGUGUGGUUGCUGAACUCCUUUCCUUCAUUCAGUUUCCUCUCGCCUAAAACAUCUCUGGUGCCAGUGUGGUGCCAGUACUUCUGUGACAAAUCACUGGGACUCAAGGAAUGUCACCAACAGCUUACUUGAGGCCUGUUGAAACUCCUGUAUGUAGUGGAAGCUCUGGAGAGGGACUAGGAUGGGGCUGGCUUUAUGGCCAGGACAACUCUUGAUGGGUGGGAUUAUAUUGCAUCCUUCUAAGGGGUCAGGUGUGCAGGCUGGACCGUCUCCUGAGAGCCAGCUGGAGUCAGAGGGAGGAAGUGAGCAUCAGUCUCCACGGGGCUGAGAGAUAUAAAGGAGAGAAUGCUCUUAUUUGGAAGCAGUUGUGGUUUAUCACCCAUGUUCAAGGGCGGCUGCUGGCCCCCCCCACUUGUCAAGAUGGGCAUGGGGAGUAGUUCGGAGAUGGGCUGGAGCUUUGACUGGGUUGGGAUGUUCACAUGUGUUUGAGGUGAGCAGUGGCAUGGCUCUGAUCUAGUGUGAGAACUCACUGCCCAGAGAGCAGCAGGGCAGGUGGGAAUGUUAGUCUGUGCCUGCUCUGUUAGGUGUGUAACCUUUCUCACCCUGUGUGCCAGAACUGAGUCAGGCCUCAGUGCGGGGGGGGGGGGGCAGUGGCCCAGCAAACCACGACUUGCUGACCUAUUUUUAAACAGUUGAAAUGCUGUGUUGUUGCUGAAACAAAAGAUGAGUCUGGGGAGCACAGUUUGGUUUUGCAUCCGGAUGUCAGUCCUGGCUUCCAUACUUUCUGUCUUCUGCUGCUGUAACAGCAGUAGUAGAGAAAAAUGUAAAAUUUGGCUGUCCAACUUGAUAGAUUGUGAACAAUAAAUGGUUAGGAGUAUAAAACUGCUCAGAAGCCCCUUUCUCUAGAGCAGUUUUAUAUCAUUCUUAAAAAUACUUAUUAGCAACUUCAUUUGUGUAGGGUUCUUCUAUUUGACUUUUUUGUUAUAAAAUUCCUUGCACCAGCUGUCAGUGAGUUCAAACAGAGACCCCUUUUGGUAUGACCAGGCUAAAGUGUGUUCCCCCUUAACUUGACACUUGCUUUCUUUAUUUGUCUAGGUGUCUUAUUCCGUGGUGGUGUGGUCUGUUAAACAUGGUCUGGCAUAGGUGGAGAGAGCAGAGCAGUGACCUGAUACCUCCUUGUCAUCGAGUUUGUUUUGUGGUUCUAUUUAAGGGAGGUAGCUGAGAUUUAGGAGACUUUCUUUGGUUGAAUGCAACUGGUAAUCCAGGUUCGUGUUCUGGGGUGGUGAGAGAUGUCUGUCACAUGCUUUUAUAUAGCUUGCCCCCUUGGGCAGCUUAUUUGUGUAUUUGGGUAUGUGUGUUUCAUUAAAGUAUUUAUUAAAUAUGAUUUCCCUUGCUGUAAGGGUAUGAUAGGUCUUUUCCUUCUUUUUUCUUUUUUAACGGAAGCUGUGAACUAGUUGGAAUCCAAAUUUGAGAAAUAAUCAGCGUAACCUUCUGCCUUAUAAUAUGUAACUGUUCUAAUCCUGCGGAAUCUUUGCAAAAACAAAAACCCUUUAGCAUUUGCUACAGAAGGGUACUGUUGCCCUUCUGACUUGGUGGGCAGAUAUUUUUGAGCCAGUAUUUAACAAUUUUUUAAAUCUAUAGUAUUUUAAAAAUCUGUUUUCUAUGUUUAUUUUUUGUGUUGGAACAAUCUUUUUGGAAGUGCCUCUUGUUGCUUUUAAAUUUUCAUUUCUUUCUGGGGUCAGUUGCAAUGGGUUUUGAUGUGAUAUCAAUAUGGGGCAGUGUAUUUAUGCCAGAGGGCUCAAGCAUAAAAAAUGCAGACCACUUCCUUGAUUCACAUCUGUACUGGGCGAGCUGUACUGGUUGAAUCAGUGAAAACCAUGGGCACUGGAGUUGCUAACCUUUUACAAUGGUGGACUUUUGCACUGGGACCAAUGAAUCUGGUUUGAAAGACUCCAUUGCAGCAGUGAAAGAGGAUUAGGUGAUACUGAUUGUACCUGAGUGCUAAAGGAGGUGGUAUCUAACGAAUCAUAACUGAAACCACAGUUGAUCCUCCACAAGCUCGUUACCCUGAAUGUCUUUCCAGUGUUAGGAAUGACAAGGGGGUACCCUUGGGAGAUGGAGUAGUAUAGGGUUAACGGCAGUGACCACUGGGUGUUCCAGAGGUGGCUGUUUUGCUGGCUUGUAAGAAAGCCAGUGGUUCCAGAGUGUCAAGAGCAGGGCCAUUCUCUCCUCUGGAACAGCAGUGUUUCUGUUCAGCUUUUCUCACAGAAACCUAUGUUAAGAUACGGUUUAAAACACUGCCUUCUAGGAGAACCUGUGGUCCCAGAGUGACUAGCUGUGUGGCCAUGCAUAACUGGGGAAGUCAUCUUAGGAAUGACUUCUCCAGACUUUAUCUGCUUCCUUCAUACAGGGCCUCGCACAGAUGCUUGAAACUGACGGCUCUCAUUCUGAAGUCUUUUCUAAGUAGAACUCGUUUCCCCAGGAGAGAGCCUCGUCCCUGCCCUCCUGCAUCUGGAAGCCUUGGUACUGAAGACAGGACCUUGAUCCAAACUGGAUACUAGCAAUUGGCAGGAUUGCUCUAGAAUUUGGGGAAGAUAUGGGUUUCUAAGAUGCACAAGCUUUUCAGACCAGUGGUAAUUAAUCCAAUCUAAAACUCACUAUAGGAGAGCUGGCUUUCCUAGACAGGUAAUGCUGAACUCCUUCCACAGGUGGAGAGUGGAUGGGUGGGCUAGCAAGGAGGUGGAGUAAGUACUUAAUAGCCUGAGUGCUUGGGUUACCAUGGAAACUGGAGUGUGCGUGGCCACAGCAGGUGCUAAAGAGCCACUGAGCACUCCCCCAGACAUGUUUGGGGACCAGCAGAACUGGUUGGGAAAAACACUCCUGCCCCAGGGUCCUUUCUUCAUAGCAAGGAUUGCCUUUUCGCUAUCCCCAAGCUUGCUCAACAAGAGAAACAAGGUUUCUUAACUGUCUAACCAUUUUUUAUUUUUCAUUCUCAUU